AACCCUCCUAAGUCCUUAUUGUAUUUUAAUUAUCAUAAAAGAAAAAAAUUAAAAUAUCACAGAGAAAAGACUAUUUCUUCUUUGCUUCCUUUUUUCCUUAAUCACACUGCUAAUUAUAUUUUAAUUAUCUGCACACUGCAAACUAAUUCUUAACUGCCAGCCUCCAAUUAAGAAGAAGAUGGCACAACAGAGCGUGAUGUACGUGCUUAUGAUGAUUACAUGCAAUAGACAUCAUCUUCGUGACGCCGUUGAUGAUGUCAUCAGUUAUUCAUUUCCCUACAAAAGUCCCAAUUCAUUUCUCAUUCCCAUAUCUUCUUCUUCUUCUUCUUUCAUCAGCAAUGGCUGAAGUUUACCCAAUUCACAGCUUUUCUCCCAACACAAGUAACAGUCUUGAAGAAGAUGGUGAAUCUCAUCCACAUGUCAUCACCAUUAGUUCAGAGGACACCACCACUAAUACCAACACAAUUGAGGCAUGGCUGCCCAUUACAGAAUCCAGAAAGGGAAAUCUCUGGACUUGUGUCUUCCAUUUGAUCUCCUCUGGAAUUGGAGUCCAAGCUCUCUUGCUCCCUGUUGCAUUUGCUUCCCUUGGAUGGGCAUGGGGAAUCAUAUCCCUGUCACUGGGUUUCACUUGGCAGCUCUACACCAUCUGGGUUCUUGUCCAGCUCCACGAAUCGGUUCCAGGGACUCGUUACAGCAGAUUCCUCCAGCUUGCAAUGGCUGCAUUUGGUCCAAGGGUGGGGAAAUUGCUGGCACUAUUUCCAGUGAUGUACCUAUCAGGAGCAACCUGUGUGGUGCUGAUCAUCAAUGGGGGUAAAGCCAUGGAGCUUUUCUUCAAUGUGGUCACAGGGACUACUAGUAGCUCCGCGUUGACCGUGGUAGAAUGGUUCCUGGUGUUCACAGCCAUGGCUAUACUGAUGGCUCAGGCUCCAAACCUCAAUUCCGUUGCUGGGUUCUCGCUGGUUGCAGCCAUCACAGGAAUUGCCUACUGCACGUUACUGUGGGCACUUCCCGUCGCGAAAGGCAGGAUUCCUAAUGCUGAUUAUGGAUCAUCAUCAUCAUCAUCAAGUGAAUCUGGCAUGGGGAGAAUGAGUGAUGUGCUGAAUGGAAUUGGGAUCAUCAUGCUCUCAUUCAGAGGCCACAAUCUUGUUCUUGAAAUCCAGGGGACAUUGCCUUCAGGACAAAUGAUUCAGUCUAGGAAGACAAUGUGGAGAGCUGUGGUGAUUUCAUAUGCAAUUGUGAUGGUCAUCUUGUUCCCUCUAGCAAUUGCAGGGUUCUGGGCUUAUGGAAACAAGGUGCCUUCCAGUGGAGGAAUGCUGAAGGCAUUCUUACUGUUCCACGGCUCGAGAACUUCAGAGCCACUGAGAGGCCUCGUCUACCUGCUACUUCUAAUCAACUGCCUGACCUCAUACCCGAUCUACGCUAUGCCGGUUUUCGACAACCUGGAGCUCAGGUUCGUCUCCAUGAAGAACAAGCCAUGCUCGAGGCUCGUUCGAGUCUGUCUGAGGCUGUUCUUCGGAGGGCUGACGUUCUUCAUCGCAGUGGCUUUCCCGUUCUUGCCUAGCCUGGCUCUAGUCAUUGGAGCCGUGGCGCUGCCUGUCACCCUGGCUUAUCCUUGCCUGAUGUGGAUUGCAAUGAAGAAGAAGCAGAAGAAGGAAUCCGCACCCAACACGGAUUGUGAAAGCGGUGCCGUUUGGAGUUGGAAUUUGUUGCUGGGUAGUUUGGGGAUGGCUUUGUGCGUUCUUUUGGUGGUUGCAGCUGUUUGGAGCUUGGCUAAAAAUGGCCUCCAUGCCAAUUUUUUCAAACCAGAAUGAGACUAUAAUUUGUAGAGUAGAAAUAUCAAUAAUGCAACUUAGUAGUG